AUGAUCGCGUCGGGGGUCAAUCUGGUGACGACGGUGGUCGGCUUCGCGGUGAGCACCAUGUUCAUCGUGUUUGUCUGCACCCGGCUCAUCUGCGCUCGCAUCCAGCUCUCUGCCUCCAGGAGGUCCAUCCCCGCGGCGUCCAGAUCCGACAUGAGCACUGUACGGCCCCCGCUCUUCCCUCCCUCGCCGUUAAGCUUCCAUCUUCUCUUGUAUAGUUCCGGUCUUGCGGCGGCAGUGACUGUGGAGCCUCUUCUCCUGCCCCCCCUCUAUGGCAAGCCGGAUACGACUGUUGGUGAUUCCCGUCGCGCCGGCCGAUUCCGAUCAUCUCCGUUCCUCAUCUACCUAGGCUCCCAAUUCGGUACCCCGUUGUCCGAACGUAAGCAUCCGUCAGCAGCGACUUGCUAGAUUUGCUGCGGAUGAGCCUCACAUCCGCCAAAUACGGCAUUACUACCCAACGCCUUUUGCCCGUGGAGGGGUCCUGUCCGAACUGCGACAGCAUCUCAAAAGGGGCGAAAGAAAGGUGUUUCCAACACGUUAGAGUGAAAUUAACUCUCCUUGCGCCGGGGCCCCUCCGUCUUUUGCUCUUCUCUUCCCAUUGAUUCCUUCUUGCUGUCCUCACAGCCGCUUUUCCUCUCUGGAGAUCCCCCAGAUGGUCAUACCCCUUAAUUCUGGACUAGAUAAGAAUGCUGCCUCCUCGGAUAAGUGCUCGCUGGUCGGUGCCUCCCUCGAUGGUUUGUGAGAUUUCCUCAUUUUCAUUUUCCAUGCUUGGAGAAUCUUUGGCUCGGAUCGGCGCGAAUCGGCCUACCUUGGCAUGAUGGCAGCCCUCCCUCUUAAGAGUCGCGAUUUCCUGACUAUCCACCAUAGUUGAUUGUUGACUUCCUCCUCGAAACAGCUGGAACGGGGCCUCCACGGCCUGGAGCCUGUCGUGGUGGAAAAUUUUCCGACUAAGAACUACGGGGAUAAGAUUCUGCUCUUGGAGGAGGAUACUCAGUAAGUACACCCGCAUUCUGACUUUAAUUGGUUUGGUCGUUGAACACAUCCAUCUUUCCUUCCUUCUCUUUCUCUGAGGCUUUCUGGAGUUGAUAAAUGCUAUAUGUGCCCUCUACCAGUAUCGUCUGAUCUUUCUCAUGCAUGCUAAAAAUUUCAUCUUCAAAAUCCACCCUGCUUGUUCGCGAAUCUGUUGGAUCAGAAACAAUGGGUAGCAUCUCACAUCCCCAUCUAUUUCUGUGUAAGAAGAGUUCCUGCCAGGGGAAAAUGGGUGUGGUCGAUGUUUGGCGGCUGGAUUUCAUCGGAAUGAUCUGAUUAAACCAGUAUAUGCAUGACUUCAAUGAUUUUCUUUCUUUGAAUGGCUUUCUGGAGUCUUGAGGAUCAGGGAGCUGGGGGAACUAUUUUGAAUCCGAGGUCAAUUGAAUCUCAAGGAAUAGGAAAAAGUAUGGGAAAAAUUCAGAACUCGCUGCCAUGUCUUGACCUGGGUGGAAGGAAAAGAAUACUGCGGCUAUAAGGUGAUCCAGCCUGUAUGGUGCAGGGUGUUAGGCAGAAAAACUCGUAAGGAAUUUCAUACGGCUGAGAUGAGGGUGUUUGGAUGGACCCUGGGAAAAUUUCGGGCACGGGAUAAAGAGGAAAAUAACAGUAUAUGAAUCGAUAGAACUCUUUGUAUAAUGUCUAGGAAUCUAGGACGAUAGGAUAAUUUAUACAAUGCUUACGAUAUUUAUACGUCGACCAGUAGCAUUAUCAGCCCAGAGAGGAGCAUUUUAGUGGGGAUAAGAUUAUUAGGAGAGGUGUGAGGCCAAGGAAAAGUGGGUAAGAUUAUUAGAAUGGGUUCAAUUUCUCCCUGAAUUGAAGAGCUGGAUAUCAACGGAACGGAUAAUCGUGUAAAGUCCAAAGGUUACCCAGCUGAAAGCUGAGGAUUAGCCUUUUUUCAACAGGCCAAGGCUGGUUGAAAGAGAAGAUAAGGAUCAGAGAGAGAAAGCAAGGCUAGAUGGCAAUCUAAUCUAGUGUGAACUUGGUUUUGGCCCGCAACUUCCUUUGUUGUAGGCCGUCCACCACAUCACUCUGGCCCGGCACCUGCUGGUGGAAGAUGGAUGUUUGAUUUCUGUUCCUCUCAGGGUGUGAAGUUGCUUGUCCAAGCUAGAAAGGUCCGCCCUCCUCUCCAUGCAGGCGGGGACUCAGGAGCCUGAGCUUAUUUUUUGACGACAAGAAAAUGUGUGUGAAUCAUAGGGCCUCAAGUCCCAUUUAUUCAGGCUAUGCUACAACCGGGGACUGGUGUCUCUUUCCAUAAGAUGGCAUGGCCCCUCUGAGGUCGGGUUACUUCGUCCACGCUUGUGGAAUUCAAGAGUUUGGUGUUGAUAGCUUCCUUCUUAAGCUAAAUAGCCUCCUGCUCCUGUUCUUACAUUGGACACCCUCUCUGCGCACAGUAGGCAUAUUUGUUCUCUUGGAGUGCGGCGUAUCAACCAAGCCUUCUAGGGCAUUUAGAUUCUCCUGACUGCAUGGACAGUGUGCGAUGAGAAAUUGUAACUAGCGUUGGUGGCAUUGAUGAGCGGGAACAUGGACAAUUUAGACCACCUAUUCUCCAGAUGAGGGAGGGCCCCAGCUCACGUACUCUGAGCCCCUGGAUCUUGGGCUAGUUAGUAGUUGAGUAUCACGCCGGGGAUUGUAUAAUUUUACUGGUUUUGUACCUGCUUUCAUCCUACCUCUUGGACAUGAUAAGCGCGAGAACUGCAUGGACGAUAUUACAUAGAAAUCGUAGGUUACACCCAUUCAUCUCCUAGAAUUUUCAUGCAUAUGGUAUUCCUAAGAAGCGAAAUCAAGAGCUUGGUUGCUUUCCGAAGUGCCGUCGGUUUCGCCUGGGAUAGAUUUUAUGAGGUGUCCAUUGAAACACUCGGGCGUGAUAAUCAUGGUCGUUCUUGCACACCCCGCCCGUGAUUAUCAGAAGAGCAAGCCAUUACCCACUGAUCCGCGCUUCCUUGGAAAGCGCUAGCUUCGCCAUGAGAUGUCAAGACCCACCAGGAGUCGCGUGCCUGCUUGCUAGAAAGGUCGGGCGUGCUCUGUUCUUCUCCGGUAAGUAAGGGUGGCCCUCUAGAAACUUGGUGGUGCGAUGAUCCGAUUAAUCUGAUUGAAUAAUCUCUCCUUCGGUUUGCGUCUCUCCCUAUUGCACUUUUUCUUGCGCUUGCCUUUGUACUUGUUCUUCUUAGUAGCUCAGAAAAUGCCUGCGAUGGCGAUGACCUCACCACAUUGUCGUGCUCUUCUCUUUCUCUUCGAGAAUUCGGUGAACGCCCAUCAUAAACUGUUGACCUAGAUAAACCCACCCGUGCACCUGCAUGCCGCGUAGAUCGCUCUUCUAGUCUUCUUCUGUUCUUGGCUGGCCUGGUCUCUUCUCCCGUCCCUCAGCAUGCCCAUUGCUCUGUUUCUUUGUUGCAAUCCUUGCAGGUGCACGGUGUGCCUCUCGGAGUACAAGGAGAAGGACGUCCUGCGAGUGCUGCCGCACUGCGGGCACGCCUUCCACGUCUCCUGCAUUGACUUGUGGCUGCAGCACCACUCGACCUGCCCCGUCUGCCGCUUCUCCCUGCGCGACUCGCCGGAGAGGCGCCGCCUGAUGCUGCCGCUGUACAGCGCGCCCGUGCGAGCCGGCGGGCACCCGCCCCCGCCGCCACCCUUCGAGCUACGCCCCCACCGCUGCUUCCUCGGCAGCGGGGGGCGGGCCCGCUCGCUCGAGGACGACCGCCAGACAGUGGCGGAGCCGCCCGUGCGGGGGACCCAGCUCUGA